AGAAGUACCCCGGGCUUCUCGGAGGGAUCAGAGUGUUGAGCAACUCCUCAGGGAGGUGCAGGAGAAUAGCACUGGAUGAGGGGUCAGGAGAUGAGGGCCUGGGCCUGUCUUCAAAUGCAGAAAUUGAGUGCAGAGGUCUCGAAGGCCUCUUCUGGCACUGACAUUCUGACUGGCCAUGAAAGCCUUGGGUGUCAUAAAGAAGAAAAGUUGAAGACUUAAAAGGAGGAAGUGUCUGCAAUGCCCAAAUCUCCCACAAGGGGGCAGCGCACCACUGGGUCUUCAGUUAAAAGGACGGCCUGGGAUUCGGAACGUGCGGCUGAGGGGCCUCCUUCCCAGGGGAAGAAAAUCCACUGAAAGUCGUGAAGAGGCGGACCUUAUGUACCACGACAUAAUUGAAUUUCAUAUCUCACGAACCCUGCGUAUUUGCCAGAAACUUUCGGGCUGUUCUCAUUCAGAAAAGGAUGAAAUCAUUUUGUGUGUUGGAUAGUCCUUAGACAUUCCCAGAAAAAAAAUUAUUUUUCAUGUAUAUAUGCAAAGUGUAUCCAGCUAAAUCACAAGCAAAAGUGAUUUUAAGCAGGUACCAAGACACGCCGGAUCAUAAAGACACUGUUCUCCCUUCAAGCUCCCUUGGUGAGUUUAUGGACACGCAUGAGUUACCUGCAGCUGAACCUAACCCUAAUCAACAACAAUGCCUUCAAAAAACAGGCCAGAGCUAGCAGAUGCCAACGCCACCGGAAGCCCUGUACUACCAGCGUGGUCAACUCCACCGUGUUCUUAGAAAUUGCCAUCGACAGUGAGCCCUUGGGCCGCAUGUCCAUCGAGCUGUUUGCAGACAAGAUUCCAAAGACAGCAGAAAACUUCUGUGCUCUGAGCACUGGAGAGAAAGGAUUUGGGUAUAAGGGUUCCUGCUUUCACACAAUUAUUCCAGGGUUUAUGUGUCAGGAUGGUGACUUCACACGCCAUAAUGGCACUGGUCCAUCUAUGGGGAGAAAUUUGAUGACGAGAACUUCAUCCUGAAGCAUACAGGUCCUGGCAUCUUGUCCAUAGCAAAUGCUGGACCCAACACAGAUGGCUCCCAGUUUUUCAUCUGCACUGCCAAGACUGAGUGGUUGGAUGGCAACCAUGUAGUCUAUGGCAAGGUGAACGAAGGCAUGAAUAUUGUGGAGGCCAUGGAGCGCUUUGGGUCCAGGAAUGGCAGGACCAGCAAGAUCACCAUCGCUGACUGUGGACAACUCUAAUCAGUUUGACUUGUGUUUUGUCUUAACCACCAGACCAUUCCUUCUGUAGCUCAGGAGAGCACCCCUCCACGCCAUUUGCUCGUAGUAUCCUAGAAUCUUUGUACUCUCGCUGCAGUUCCAUGCUUUCCUUAUUCCCUUCCACGCCUAGCUGGAUUGCAGAGUUAAGUUCAUGAUUAUGAAAUAAAAACUAAAUAAUAACAACAGCAACAAAAACAUAGCUAAAAGCCAAUUGCC